AUCUUUAUGAUAUUUUUUACAAUCGAAUGUGUAAUUAUGCCAUUUUGAAUAUUCUGAAAACCAUAACACGAAUAUGAAAUAAAUUAUAAUUGUUAAUUUUUCAGCAUACUUAUAAUUAUUUUUGUAAAUAAAUAUAAAAAAAUUUACGGAAAAUUUAAUAGUUUAAAAAUUAUAAUUUUGUAUAAAAUUUUCAAUAAAAUUUUUUCCAAAUAUGUAUUUAGUUAUAUUUAAAGGUUAUAUGAUAUUUCUUAUUGUAUUUUUUAUUGCAUCUUUAUUAUAUGCAAAAAAAUGUGACUAUAUUUGUGAUACCAAUGAUUGUAAAACAUCCAUAAAUUAUUCAAAUAAUUUGCCUGCAAUUAAAUUUUGUACAAAUAAAGAUAUUUCUACAGAUGUUAAUUUUUCAAUAAUAGAUAACUUUCUUGGUAUCAUACAAAUUAAACUUAAACCACCAAAAAAUAUAUGUAAAUAUGAGCUUAUUUUAUUAGCAAAUGAAUCAAUCAAUGAAAAAAAAUGUAUGAAUUAUAAUUUUAAUAAUUCAUAUAAAAAUGAAAUACAUAGUAGAAAUAUUAUAUGUUUUGUUUCAAAUAAUAACCAAUAUCAGAAUACUGGAAUACUUGUUCCAUAUAUAUUUACAGCAUGUUAUUCUGUUCAAUUUUCUGUUAAUUUUCAAGAUAUAAAAAUGAUAAAAAAUAAUAAAUUUUUAAAAACUAAUUUUGAAAAAACAGAUAUAGAACCAAUAUUGCAAUGUACAUAUGAAUAUAUCGAACUUAAUAAUACAAACAAAUGGGUAUAUUUUGAUAUAUAUUCCCCUAUACCCAUAAUUACAGUUCAGAUAAAGUUGGGUAUAUUGUACAAUGAUAUUUGUUCUUUUAAUGAAGAAGAUGUUCCUGGUGGUUAUUGGAAUUUUCAUCUUUUGGAUAAUUAUUUAGAAAACAAUAAUCAUAACUUAAAUAUAACUUGGCAAACAAGUCUUGAAAAAGCCAACUAUUGUGCUACAAUAUAUUUAUGUGAUGAUAUAAGAUAUAAAAGUAAUACUUUAUGGUCACCACUUCAUAAAUGUUUUUGGCAUAAAAGUUGUCAAAAUAUAAAUACAAUAUUUCACAAUAUUCCAAUCAACAUUAAUUUUGAUAAAUUUUCUUAUUUCCCAAUUAUUAUUAUUAUAAUUUUAUUUACAAUUAUUGGAAUUAUAUAUCUUAUCUAUAUUAUAUAUAUUUAUAAAGAUAUUAAAAAAAAGGUAAAAUGGGAAGAUAUUAAUAUAAACAGAGAUAUUGUAUUGCUCUAUACUAAAGGUCCUGAAUCAUUUAUGGCACUAAUGACAGAUUUUCGAGAGACACUUAGUCAAGUUUGUCAAUGUAUUGUGCAUGAUUGGCAUAAUGGUAUAGAAUGGAAUAAUGUAGCUAAGAUUGGUGCUUUUGAUUGGUUUGCAAAAAUGCUUCACAAUGAAUGCCAUGUUGUUUGGAUAGAUAUUCCAAUAUUACGUUCAUUAAUUACACAAAAUCUUAACAAAAAUAAUAAUUCAGAACAAUAUAAUUUAAUAAAAAUUGGUGAUUUCCGUGACAUUGAACUUCCCAUAAUUUUUAAUUUAUCUAAACGAAAUAUUGAACAAUCAGCAAUAAAUCAGUCCAAACAUUUUAUUGUAAGAUUAAAAGAAUUUGAAAAUUUUGAAAAUGAUAAUGAUCCAUUUAUUGAUUUGUCUCCACAUAUGCGAUAUGUUUUACCACAAGAUUUAAACUUACUGUGUUCUAAUUUAUUAAAAAUGGAUAGAUAGUUAUUUAAAUAUAACAUAUGAAAGACAAAAUUUUAUAAUAAAGCAUUUAAAUUAUAUAUAAUUAAAUAUAUAAGAUAUAUAAUAUAUAUAGAUAUAUAGAUAUAUAAUUUGCUAAAUAUUAUUAUAAUUUUUAUAAUUGUAAUAAAUAAUAAAAAAAAAAUUGAGAUAAAGUAAAAA